CCCCGUGCAGAACCGUAGCUCGAACCGGCGUGCUCGAUACAUCGAUCCUCAGGUUCUGAUCGCCGACACAGAAAUUCUAAUUGCAAUCUCGUUUUAAACGACACGGGCCCUCGGCAACGAGUUCAGCUCUCCGAACGAUUCCGGCUCGCGUCAGGGGAAGGGAAUUUCCGAAGGGGUUGAAGUCUGAAAUAGGAGCGGCGCGAGAUACGAGGGUGGUCGAGAUAACUCAGCGGCGGCGCGGCGGUGCCCGUUGGAAAUUUUAUCAAUACCGCCGUCGACUAGUCGGUGACAGUCGCUCGUGAAAAGUAGUCUGACGGGGUUGCCAGGCCACCGGAUAAUCUCUAGUUAAAGAAAAUCAACGGGAACGACGAAACAACAUGGCCACCGAGGGCGGUCUAGCACCGGAUGCAGCUGCGGGCGCAGGUGCCGGUACCGAUGGGAUCGUCGGAGGUCCCAGGACGCCUCAGCAGAUCGCCUCGCAGAAACGACUGCAGGCGACGCAGGCGCAGGUCGACGAGGUCGUCGACAUCAUGAAAACGAACGUCGAGAAGGUGCUCGAGCGUGAUCAGAAGCUCUCCGAGCUCGACGAUCGAGCAGACGCGCUUCAGCAAGGAGCGUCACAGUUUGAACAGCAAGCAGGAAAACUGAAGAGGAAGUUCUGGUUACAAAAUUUGAAGAUGAUGAUAAUCAUGGGCGUAAUCGGACUAAUCGUAUUGGCCAUCAUUGUUGCGAAAUUCAUGCCGGACUCGGCACCGCCGCCACCGCCAGGCUACGUCUACCCACCAGCAGGUAUGCCACCCCCAGCUCCAGCCCAGCCAGCCGCAGCCGGAGGCGCAGCUGCGAGUGGACCAGAAACAGCCGGUGCGGCGUUGGUCGGCAAUCUAAACGGCAUUCACAGCGUGAUGUAAAGAAACCAAAAAAAGAAGAAGAAAACGGAGGAAAGAGCAACGCUUCUACGUACCGCGAUAAGAAUUUUUCCAAGCUAACCCUUUCAGCGAGCAACACGCGACAUCAGUUAUUGACAAUGUAUUGUAUGUUGACAAAGUUAUGUAUGUAUGUAUGCGACCGGGUCGUGAGUCAAAAAUGGAUGAUCCACUUCGAAAGAACGAACAGCUAACGCGUUAACUGCCCGCGAUGCAAUUUGUAAUGUAAUUAAUUCAUUAACUGCUAAACAAUUCACCCAAGCUACACCCACGAUUCUAAAGAUUUGCUGGAUUUAAUCUACUAGCUUACUACGUUCUGUUAUUUAUUUAAAGAAACGAUUACUCGGAUCAUCGUGGCAGUUAAUGGGUUAAUUAAAAAUGAAGUCCAUCAUCGAUUUCGACGAUUUGUGCGAUUUCGAUCAAGCAAGCGCCCUACCACAUCUUCUCGUCCUCUCGCUGCAAACUGAGGGGAUGGGAAAAGUGAAAAGGCGUGAACGAUUAGUUCCUCUGCGCAGUUAAUGCGUUAAAGGUUUAACGGCUAUGAAAUUAGGUAAGCAUAGUUAUAUAUAGAAAAGUCCACCGCUGAUUUAGGGAAACGUUCAUGGAAGUCAGUCGAUGCCUCCAGAAUAUUUUCCGAGAGAAAACAAAAUUAUUAUAAUAAUAGAUCCUACUCGUUAGGUGCGUAGACCCUUUUGUGUAUACCGUCGUCGAUCUUAACUGAAAACUCUCCUAAUUAGACUGCGGAUUUUUAUGCAGAACAAAACAUUUUUAUUGUCAAUUUAAAAAACGAGAUCUAUUCGGUUGCCGAGAAAAUGAUAUCGGUUUUUAUAAGUAUUUGUGAAAACCGAAAAAAUAAUUUUCUUGCCAAUCCAAUAAAUUGAGUAUUACUUUACCCUUUAGAAAUAACUGUGUAUUAUUCAUUUUGUUAUUCAAAUUCUUACAUAUUGCAUUUUCUUAUAUUUUCUGCACAUUUGAUUUUUCUAUAAAUGCGUAAAAUCUGCAGUCUCUAAAUAAUCCUAGCCGAGAAGAGACAGCAAGAUUGAGAGACGAGAGAGGGUAUAUGGGAGGAACGGUGUCCAUCAGUUAAUGGACAAACGUAUAUAUACGUGUACAUGUACAUAAAUUACUACGAAUUAACGAUGUAAGAUUGAAUUAUACAUACAAACAUAAAAUAUAUUAUAAAUGAUAUGUGACUUAUAAAUAAAUAGUAGUUACUGCGACGAAGUAAACUGAGAGAGAGCGAGAGAGAGAGAGAGAGAAAGAGAGAGAGAGAGGUUGUUAACGUUAGAUUUUAUUAUUAUUAUCUUCAAUUAGCGAUAUUCACUGUGCGAGACUAAUAGCGUUUGUCCUGAAUAAAAUCUGCUAAAGGGAGGAUAAUUUUUAAUCAAGUUACUUUACAGACACUAUUUUUAUAGAUCCGGUAACUCGCUUGUCACUAUCUUACACAGUAUUCUUCUCUAAAGCACGGUAAUUUCUUUUAAGGAUUAAACGAGGGAAAGAGGAAUUCGAAUGGGCCCACGAAUGCUACAUUUUCCACGAUUUUUUUAAUAGAAUCUAACAAUAUUUCUCAAACUAUUUGUACACUAUCUAAUUUAUAGAUUGCGGUUUUUAUGCAAUUCGUAAGGAAAUUCAAUAUACAGAAAAUUUAAACACUGCAUAUAAUCUACAAAAAUAUAGAGAACAUCAGAAGCACAUUGCAAUGUAUGUAAAAUUAUAAAUACAUAUUACUGUACUUAAAUGAUAAAAUGAAUGUCUAUUUAGAACACAUUUUUUAAAUUACUAUCAAAAAUAUUUGAUUUUGCAUGAAAAUCCGCAGUCUAAUAAUGAACAAGCCACAGUCGAAAGGGGAAGCGUUGUGGACUGGGCAGAGACUUUAGCGAGUGUCUUCUAUCAUUUCCUAUGUGAAAAUAUCGCAUCUAAGAAAAUGCUCAUUGAUGAAAUUAUUAAUAUUCCUUGAUUAGUUAGCGUUGCUCUCCUUAUUGGCCUAAUGUAUGCAAAUUUCGUCCAAUUCGUUUCUUUCUUGAUAAAAGUAGAUAAAACGAUUUUUCUUCAGCUACAUUUAGACUGCGGAUCUUUAUGCGAAAUAAAACAGUUAUUGUUAUCAGUUUAAAGGAUGUGUUUUAGAUAAACAAUUGUUCAGUCAUGUAAACAUUGAAAUGUCUAUUCAGCUUUUGAUAUUCUGAAUUGUCUUAAAGUCUUGUCUAUCAGAACUGUCUUGUCUAUCAUUUAUCAUUUCUGCAGACUAAGUUUUCAUGCAAUUGCAUAAAAUCCGCAGUGUAACUAUAUUACAUGAGAAAGGAAAUGGAUAUAGAGAUUAAGCUGUUAUUGUUAUAAGAAAAUUUAAUAAUAUACUUCGAGAGAGAAUCUUUCAACAAAGAGCGGAUUGACAUGUGAAUGAGAUUUAAAAAGUUGAUCUCUCUAAAUCGUUGAUAAGGCAACCAUUUCCAUUGUCCCUCGAUCCCCUCCCUUUUCCUCCGGAGUACAUAUUUAAUAUUAUUGUGUCCUAGAAUCGAACGAUAGGAAAUUGUUUAAGACCGUUUGUAAAGUAUCGAUGAGAAUCAUUGUAAGGAUAUAAGAAGGCUUCAUCGUUUAGGCAAUUAAUGUAUUAUUAAAAGAUGUAGAGGUAUUCUACGAUUAAUAAUGACUCGCGGUAAUAAUUAUUGGUUCCGUUUUGAGCAUCAUUCGAUUUUUGCUGAUCGAGAAGUCUAUGUUCAUCUAGUUUUAGAUGUUAAUGUAUAUUAGCCUUAAAUAAACGCAAAUAAUAAAGACACCUGCGAGAA